CCACUGGGACGCUCGGACACGGUGCACUCGGGCGGCUCGGACCGUGCGCUCAGCGGCUCAGUCAAACCGCGUCGUACUCAUCGCCAUCGGCAUCAUGAAGUGUAUGCCGGUUCACGCGUUUUGUUCUUGAAUAACAACGCGAUAGUUGCACUUAAUUACAAACGAAAUGAUGACUGCGUGAAUUCGUUGGUUUCCUCCGCCAAGACAUACGCAGUGCUUACGACUAUUCGGUACCCCCGCAAUCUCGCUACACCUGACAGCGAAGCGCUCUGUCGUAAAACAUUCGGCACCUGCCAGUCGCCGAUUUCUUGUACCACCAGUGAGUGUUAUGGCCCCACCGUCCCCACCAAUGACGAGGCCAGCUGCUGAUGCUUCCCUGACAGAUAUGGCUGGGGAAGUCCUCACCAAUGGCAAUGCCUAUGAAGAAAUCGCCCAGAUUGGUACAGGUGCCUUUGGCACUGUGUACAAGGCCCGAGACCGUCAAAACGAAGGACGUUUUGUUGCCCUCAAGAAAGUGCGUGUGUCACUCAACGAGGAAGGCAUCCCCACUGGAACGCUGCGCGAGAUUGGCCUCCUCCGUCAGCUGGACGCUGCGCAGCACCCGAAUGUGGUGCGUCUACUGGACAUCUGCCAUGGCAACCGGCUGGAACGGGAGCUGGUCCUUUUUCUUGUCUUUGAGCACAUUGACCAGGACUUGGCGGGAUUUCUGGAGCGCUGCCCUGAACCAGGCCUUGAGCCUGAGCUCAUUGCCUGGCUUCUGAAGCAGCUGCUGACGGGAGUGGAGUUUCUGCACUCACAUCGCAUCGUCCAUCGUGAUCUGAAGCCCCAGAAUGUGUUGGUGACUUCUCAGAGGCAACUCAAGCUUGCCGAUUUUGGCUUGGCUCGCCUCUAUGAGCGGGAAAUGUCUCUGACGCCCGUGGUGGUCACGCUGUGGUACCGCCCGCCUGAGGUUCUCCUUCAAGCAAAUUAUGGCUCACCAGUGGAUCUGUGGAGCUGCGGUUGCAUCUUGGCAGAAAUGGCACGCCGCAAGCCUCUUUUUGGUGGUCGUUCUGAGGCAGACCAGCUUACGCGGAUCUUGGAGAUCAUGGGACUUCCACCAGCAGAUGAGUGGCCAGCAGAUGCUGCUGUUUCAAGGCAGACAUUCUCUAACUUCAGCACUUGUGGAACUUCUUUGGAGCAGGCUGUGCCGCAACUUGAAGGUCCUUUCAUGGAUCUGCUGCACCAGAUGCUGCGUUUCAGCCCCCACCGUCGCAUCACCGCAAAGGCUGCUUUGUCGCACCCAUGCUUGGUCGACGUUAAUGAAUUCACCGUUUCCUGAUAUCAAACUGUACGACAAACCCGUGCUUGAGAGACAUCUGCAGCAGCACAUGCACACAGACAAGGGAAAGGUGAUCUCAAAAUUUUUGUCACUAGUGCUUCCCUUAAGUUUGGGAAAUUAUUGCUCAAGUCUCCCUUGUGGCUGCUUUUGUGGAUUUAACCUGGCAGCCUCCUCUAGCUGCCACAGUUACUUUGAAUGAAUUCUGAUGCACCAUUUGUCUAGCCUUUUCAUUAUUUCUCUUUUAAUUCUGGAACAUGAGUAAGCAGUGGCUUUAGAAUUAUUGUGGUGCUUUUGGUAACUGCGUACCAUGGUUUCGUAACAGAACUGAACUUAUGUUUUUGUAUGUGUUUUGUAGAAACAUGAUUGCUAAUUUCAUGACCAUGACAUUAUGAAUGUAGUGAAUUUUAAUUUUUCUGUUCUAUUUCACGAGCAAUGGACUAGUAAAAUGAAGAGAAUCUCUUCACAUUGUUUGUCACUCAGGCAAAUUGUGCAUGGCGCACAGUGUGUAUCUGGGUUUCUUGCAUGGGGGGAUUCCUCCGUUUUAUUAAUAUUUGGAGAAAGUGGUUUGUCUUCAGGAUAGCUCAGUUAAGGAUGCUUCCGACUCAGAAUACUGUCUGCACUUUGAGUCUGCAAACAAGCUCUUUAUUGCGCAUUAUUAUAGGUACUGAUGGAGGGCAACUGUAGUUUUUAGGACAACUUGGGUUAAUGUGCAGUACCUCAGGGUUAGUUCUGAUUUGUUUGUGCCUAAAAGAACACUUGUUUUGAACCAAUGCGGGCCACAAUUGCAGUAUUUGAUUUUAGGCAAUUUAUUUUUAAUGUUGAGCAGUGUAAAAUUUCAAGCUAGCUCAUGCAAGUACUGCUUUACAGAUCAUUACGAACUAGCCACUUGAAACAUUUCUUUAACAUGUCAAGCUGGCGCUUUAUUGCCUUUUUACCAGAGGUCUCACUUUGGUAUGUAGAGCAAGUUAGUGUCUCCAGAGGUUUCUGGAGACAACGUGGAAAGGUUGGCUAUGAAAAAGUAAACUCGUCAGCUGUCAGAAGCACCUGGAGCUGCGAUGCCAGCUUGCAGGAUGAAUAAAGUGUCCUUGUCUUUAGACGCUAAACCUUUACAUGUAUGAUUGCCAUGCAAGAUUUGUGGUAGCACAUGAGCAAGCCUUAUUUGGCCUUGCAGCUCAGUCACAGCAUCGUCAGUAGACAGCAAGACUUAAAGUGACGAAAAUGGCCCAUGCUAACCACAUGGCAAAGACUGUUUGAGGAGGGCUGGAUCUGAAGAUUUUGCAACUGUGUGUGUGUUGGAGGAUGCCGUUUAUAAUCUGAAUAACCUGCAAAGCCUGAUUAAAUGUGACAGCAUUUUCAUGAUGUAGGCCAACUGUUAUUGUCAAGGCAACUUAAACCAGGCCACUGUGAGGGCUUGUCUUGUACAAGAGUUCAGAAAAUGGCUAGUGGGGUCUGUACUGUAUACAGUUUCUGAAGUGUCAUAAUUAUUGAUUGCUCUCUGGCCAUUGUAAUGCAUUGUAUUUGCUCAUAUAACACUUUUCUUUUUCUCUAAUUGCUACUCCAGACAUGCACGUCAUUCUGCGUCUUGAGGCAAGCCUUGAAUAUAAUGCAACAUUUUUUUUACUUUUUUUUUUUAGCAGCACAAAUGCCAUUGUUACCACCCUCAUUGCCAAUCCAUGACUUGAAACCCCUCAGUGCUCAACGUGCCGAAGAACACAGAAAAGUGCUAGGCCCUUGCUUUCCUUACUGAGGGUAAAUGUGAGGGGUCAGUCGUCACCAAAGCUCUAUCAGAUUUAGAUUUUAUUCUUCCAGCUGUCAUUAUCAACAUAAUCUCCCUCUAAUGCAACACACGAGUGCCGGCAGUGCUGCAGUGUCUUUAUUCCUGUGGGAAAAACAUGUCAGGUUGCGAGCAUAAUAACUCCAAAGAAUCGAUGACUUCACUUAAAGAUAGAAACUGUGGUCGAGCAAGAGCUUUCUUCAUGUAGCAGGAAAAUGAAGGUAGGAGGGAACCAGAUUUGGGGAAUGGCCUGGGCAGAAAACAAAUUUAAGCCUGCAAUUGUGGUCUGUUGCACUGACAACUACUAAGGUGUGGGCUGAAGUGUAGUUCUGGUUGUACAGGACUCCUUUUGUCAGCACUCCUAGUUUUUUUUUUUUUUUCGCUCAAAGUUAUCCUGGAGAUAUUUCAUAAGAGUUGUGUGGAGAAGAGUAGUAUCCUGUGAUAAUAUUUUCAGUUGCAAGGUAAUCAACUGGGAGCACACCUUGGAAAUCCUGAAGCAUGGAUGCCAUCACUCUGCUUGCUGAAAGCAUAACCUUUACUACUUUCUUUCAUGUGGGUUUUGAAGUAUGUUAAACUGCUUUGAUUGCAGUCUUAUCUGUGGCUGAUAGUGAUCAGCACAGCACCUAUCCAUAACUGAAAAUCAAACAAGAAAAUUAUCUGCUUCAUGCUCAAAUAGGGGAGAGUUCUUCAUUGACAUGGUAUGCAGAUGAUGCUUUUGUUGGGGGUGAAGAGACGUGGAACCCAUUGAGCAGAAUCUUUUGAGAAGUGAAACUCAUCAUUGCUUAUAAUAAAAUUUUUCGCAGCAAUGUGAUGCCCUGACCUGUCAACAACUUGACGCAUUGGUGCUUGGCAAUCUUGCAUAAUAAUGUCCAGGACAAAGCCAACACUAUUUUUUACGGUGGCAGUUGAUGCUCCCCCUGACCUCAGCCUGUCUUGAGCGUUUUCUAUGCCUUGCUUGUAUUUUUGUGCUGAGUACAGCAGCAUAUAUAGGGUUGCUGACACAUAAGUACUGAGAAUGUCUUGAAGGGAACACAUUCCAUUAAGGAAAAACUAUUCAAAACAGCAUAGUGCUCCAGCUUUUAUCAUUUUUUAACAGAUGCUGUAAAGCACAAGCCAGUCUUAAACCAGUAACACGGUGAAAGAAAUUAGAGGAUACGUCUAUGUCCUCAAAAUUACGCAGAUCAUGGACUGGCAUGUAGUGUACAGCGAAGACAAGGACACAGGAACAAACGGAACAGAGAAACAAGCGCUAUCUCUCAACAGCCUUGACAGAUAACGCUUGUGCCUGCGUUCUGUUUCUUCUUGUGUUGUUGUUUUUGCUGUGCUACACUGCAUGUAAUUCCGUGAUGAUAACCAACAAGCCCACAUUGCCAUCCUCAUUAUGCAGAUCAUUCCUCCUCCCCCUUUUUUCCCCAGCACAUUUGCUGCACCAUCGAGUACAUGUGUAAUGAAAGAAAGUCAUGCAUCUGAUGCAAUAGUCUGUUACUUCCCCACACAUCUACUAUAAUGCAAAGUGGUGCUGCGCGGUACAGUCAGAGUGGUGCAAAGUUGACCGGAAAUAGACUUUAAAGGUGCCCUGAAACACUUAUUGAACAUAGUAAGAAAACAUUUCCGAUCUGUAGAAGAGGCUCCUAUAAAUGUGUGAGCCAAAUAUUAUUACACUGCAUGCAGAAGAGAAUCUACAAUCUCGUGUCAGAAGCAGUGAAAAAUCGGUUGCUCUUGCCUCUGCAAUGUCGUCAUCACAACCAGCUGGACCCAGCAGCAGCUAUUGGCUGAUUUCGUGAUCAUGAGAACAUUCUCAGUAAUACUAUUAUUGCUAAUCUUGAAUUAAAUAAAUGAAAAAUUAUGUCUGCGCUCUCGAAACGAGAAAAAUAAUUUCAUCUUUGCGCUGCCGGUCUACACACAACAGUUACACGUAGCUGUGUCUGCGGCGCAUGGCCUCUGUUGGCCUACAUCAGUUGGGCGGGGCUUUGCACCCUUGCAUCUCCCAGGACAGAGAAAGACACUAAUCGGUGCUAUAACUCGACUUAUACUUGAAGGAUUCAAAAGAAGUUUGCAGCAGAAGAUUCAUGAGGUGACAUCCUUUAAUAGUGAGGUCAUUCUAUGUUUAGAAAAGUGUUUCAGGACCCCUUUAACUGUUAGAUUAUCCAGUGUCGGUAGAGAAGAGCUAAAGAGAAGCAAUUAUCACAUUCAGCCUUCUAUAGCUAUCUGUUUACAUGCAUCUGCAGUGUUUAUAUUGUGUCAGGCCCUCCCUGUAGUUUUAUGCAGUGGGAGGUCAUG